AUGGCCUCCCCCAUCGAAGGUAACUUUCCCCUCGUCAUGUUGUGUCGCAACACUCGAGGCUCCCCAAAGCUAACUCGUGAUGCAGCCGUGGUCAAUCUGACGGCCAUAGAUCCGCCUGAGUGGUUCGUCUAUCCAGUCCGCCGCCUUCUGCUUGACUCUUCAAAGUCAGUGGCCUCCAUCGGCCGCAUGAGCAGCAGAAAUGGCGACUAUACCGCCGAGGAAAGCAACGGUUGGAUGGAAUCUGCCGUCAUGUCCAGACACCACGCCACACUCCUUUUUGACCCCCAAGCACAGAGGGUCUUCAUCAGGGACGUUGGCUCCCUCCACGGAACCUUCUAUAAUGAAACUCGACUGCAGAAGCAUCAAUCCCAGGCCUUGAAGGACGGUGAUAUCCUCCAGUUUGGCAUUGCCAUUGCCAGAGGAUCAGACACUUGCCCUCCUUGCAAGAUGCGAGUUGGCGUCGAGUUUAGGCCCUGCAGCUCCGUACAAGGCCCAACUGUUUUCAGAGUUCCCGACGAUAGCGACGAAGAAAGCGAGGAAGAGUACAUCGAGGACGAAAACAUUCGAUGGAGCACCCAAAUUCUCCGGGACAACGGUAUCCGUCCAGCCAAAAAUUGCAUUUCUCGAAACCCCGUAAUCACUAUUGACGAAUCUGACAACGAAAUGGACUCGCCAGCGCCUGAAACCGAAGAGCAAACAGUCUCUGCCAGGUCCGUUCAGGACCACAUGACCGACAAGACUGGCUCUGACAAGUUUCCCUCGCGCAUUCAUACUCCUCGAGAGACGAUCGAUAUUCCAGACGACAUUUCAGACGACGAUCCCAUGUUCUACGAGGACGAGUACGACGGGGACGAGGUGACUGACUCUGAUGAUGAUCACUCCUCACUGGGAGACCAUACUCCACACGACACAUUGGGCGGAAGCUUCUUGGACAAGAGCCACGAUGGCUCUCGUCCCGAUGCUACCGAGAUCCACGAGGCUGAAGUAUACGACCGGUUCGAGAAUGACUGCCUUCCUCCGAUCUUGGAGGUGUCGCCCGCGAAUGCUGCCUCUGCUUCAAACCAACCCCGGCCCAGUGUCCAUUUACCCUCUCUUUUCGAUUCAUUCCGAUCGCAGGAGAUUCCAACAACCCAAGACGAACUCCCAAGCGACCCAGUCGCCGAAACGGAGAGCGCGAUCGAGUCCGCGGCGCCCCUUGAGCGGGAUUGGCCUAACUGGCCUAAAGAUGUUGCGGAAAGCCGAGCGACAGAACCAAGUCGCCUGCUGGAUUCGGGAGCCAAGUUUCUUGAGACUCCGUUGAAGGAGCAAGAUUUUGCAAACCCUGCGGUUGAGCCUCCUCUUGAGUUGGACGAGACUUCGGCCUAUCAAUUCCAGGUGACAAAGACCUACUUCCAACAACAACUUCCUUCUUAUCACCAUCAGCACGAUGAGUCUAGCAGCGCAGACUCUACUGGUGACCAGCCUGCAGAGCCGCAGGAGCGGGCAGCUCCCAACAAGCGCAAGGCGGAGGAGAUUUCCGAAGUGACAGUCGAGGAAAUUGCAUUCGCUCGAUCCAACCCAGUCGAUCACUCAGCUUCGCCCUCUCUGCGGCCCAGAGCCCUUGAUGUUGAGAUGGACGUUUCUCCAGCCGCCGCCCAUUCCGCAGUUGAGGGCCCGCAGGCAAAGCGACUGCGCAAAGCUGCCGAGAUAUUUGGCUACGCCGCACUUGGAGGAGUGGCAGUCAUGUCUGCUUUAAUUGCCACUGCUCCAACGCUGUAGGCGCUUGUGGACCGUUGACUCUUGAAGAACUGUCAUCUUCCUUGACUUCCCUUCUCUUUUGUUCUUGAUACGAUCUUCUUUCUCGUCGAUGUCCUGUUUCCUGUUUUGACGAACUCUGAUUGUCUUGACCUGGAUCCGAGUUAUCGUCUGUUGGCGUUGCGGUAUACGAGUCUAUCAUCUGCUAACCACUUGUGAGGCUGGCCGCCAUGAUUUGAUCCGACUAUCAGCUCUCUUUGGUCGAUUAGAGACAUGGAUUGGACCUAGCUUGAUGGUUUAUCCUACCUUUUACUUUCAUGUAUUUUUCGUUUUGUUAUUUAUGAAUCCCCGUGGCUACGAUCUUUUCUUACCCGGUAUUUUGUAAGGGGAACAUUGACUCGUCUUCUAUGUAACAG